AUGCCUGAACUCGGGUCAAAGAAAAUCCCAGAUCUGUCGGAGACCGAGAAGGAAGAGACGCCCUCGACGGCACAAGCUCCCAGUCCCUCGAAAGAGACACCACGGCCGAAUGUCACGGCUGCUAAACAAUCACAACCACAAUCACAAUCACACAAGGCUACUAAGUCUCCAGAGGGGAAAGUAGCCACGAUGGUUUCCCAAUCUUUACAAUCAGCUUCGCAGGCGGCGGAAGCCGCGGCAACGGACGCAGAAGCCUCGUCGACGCCGAACGUUCCCCCGAACGUGCUCGCCGCCUACCGUACCCCAAUGCGUCACCCGCUAACGCACGGCAUCCCCGUGGCUGAGCUUCAGCUGCGCAGCUAUAGCGUACGUAAUCUGGAAUUCUAUGCCGACUUCGCCGUCCGGGCUGCAUACUACUUGGGUCUACCGUGUACUGGACCCGCGCCGCUACCGCGCAAGAGAGAGAGAUGGACGGUUCUGAAAUCCAACUUUGCACACAAAAAGGCCCAGGAAAAUUUUGAAAGAAUAACGAUGAAACGUCUGGUCACUGUGUACGACGGUCAGCCGGAAGUGGUGGAGAUUUGGUUGGCAUUCCUGCGCAAAUGGCAGUUCUACGGGGUGGGCAUGAAGGCCAAUGUGUGGCAGUGGGAGCAAGUCGACGUGGCGGGCAAAAUGGACCGCGACUUUGCUGCGCUCGAGAAACAUCUCGACGAGAAAUUGCGUCUGUUUGGCUUCAACAAAUCGUCCGCGGACAAGAACGAUCUCCUCCGCCUUAUGGCCAAGCAAGGUCAUCGACAGGUUGGCGUUGAGGUCGAGACAGGCAUGAUGUUCCGAGCGCUUCGAAUAUGUCCGGCCUCGAAAGCCAGCUUCGUCUCCUUCAUCGAGCGAAUCACCGCCGAUUGA